AUGUCGCGAGAAAAUGUAUUCAAGUCGUUGAGUAUAAGAUCAAAGAAAACCAGCAACCAGCUGGAUAUCAAGGGCUUGGGUUCUCUACUCGAUGGGUCAUACGAUGAAGACGCUACACCAAUACGAGAGCAUACUUGGUCCCAUCAAGAGAAUUGUAUCAGUACAAAAGACCAUCAACCUCAGGGUGAGUCAAUCAAUAACAAUGAGGAAGCGGCAAAUUCAGCAGCAAUGGAAGUCACUGGGCAACAGACUACAAAAGAGGCUAUAGUAAAUGAAGAGGCGGCAGAGGGUGUAACAGAAAGUGAGAAGGGAGUAGGUCAUGACUCUACUAGCUCGGCGCAUCCUGACGAAGGGACUGCCUCGGUUACUGGAGAAGAAUGGGAACCCGUGGAUCCCUUUUCAUAUGAAGAGAACGUUAAUGAUUACCUGUACGGUGGUUUCUAUCCAGUUGAGAUUGGAGACAAGAUCAUCUCAAGAUACGAAGUAUUUCACAAGCUCGGAAAUGGUGGACACGGGACAGUCUGGCUCGUCCAUGACCUCGAACUCAUUAAAUGGAGAGCCCUCAAGAUCCUCAGCGCUCCGCAGUCGAGCGAGGACGGACCGGAUCGCCGAUUCCUGCGACUGAUGCGCGACAAGGGCAUCACGGCCGAAGACCUAGAGAAGCGCCGCAUCGUUUUCCCCUGCGAGGACCCCUUUGAGAUUGAUAACCCAGACGGCCGAAAGAACUUGUGCCUCGUCAUGCCGCUAAUGGGCCCCGAUCUUAUUUCCAUUCGUCAAUGGGAGCCGGCCAUGAUGCGGCGCAUCUUUUACGAGCUGGCGGAGAGCCUGGAAUUCCUGCACCAAAGGAACAUUUGCCAUGGAGAUUUCAGGCCGAGCAAUCUACUGCUCUGUCUUGACCAGGACGACUUACACACCAUCAGCAAGGAAGAGAUGAGAUCAAUCUUGGAGAGACCGCAUACCCAGGAUGUAGACUACGCCAUUUGGUGGGAGCACUACCCUCGAUUGCCACGGUAUAUUGUUCAAAAGGCAGAUACGAGCUGGCUCGGGAUCAAGUUCACUGGACAAGCGGCGGUAGUCGAUUUUGGAUGCGCGUACGACGUGACAGAUUCUUCCGCGUACGCCGGUAUUCCUCCAAUGUGGGCAGCGCCGGAAGCAUAUUGGAAUUUGGGAUCCGGUCUCCCCGGCGAUAUUUGGGCCUUGGCAACGACGAUUGCGCAGGUGUAUGCUGGAACGGACAUAUUCUAUGGCCAUCAACACGAUGAUGCAGUGGUGGCAGAGUACGAGUUCGUCCUGGGGGCUCUUCCCCAGCCAUAUCGGACAGCUUAUUAUAAUCAACUAAAGCAAGCCAUAUUAUAUGACUAUCGGGGUAAACAAGCAUCAAAUACUAUAGAAGAGUCACGGGUGCCCGAUACCGUAGCCAAUAUGUCAGCAGCCACUGAUGCUACAGUCUCUAUUGACAUCAAAGAACUUCCGGAGCCCAUAUCCAUGACCCAAGAAAGCCUGGCAAAGGACCGGAAAUACUACUGCAACAAGCAUAGCCAGCCUACUGUCAUUCGUGCCUUGAUCAGUCGGCCGUGGCUCAUGGAGAUGCGCGACCCAGAGUUCCCCUACCACGAACACAAUGCCGAUAACCACUACGAUCUCUUGCGAGCGUACCCUGACAUAACAAUCGAGCGGAGGCUGAUACCAAGAGAGGUGAAGAUCCUUGGCGACUUGCUCGAAGGGAUCCUACGCUAUCGACCAGAGGCUCGUCUGAGCAUCAGCGACGUGUUGCAACACGAGUGGUUUGGGUACCAAGAAGAAAGAUGGGCAUCGUUUGAUGAUGAUGUCGUCAAAAACCCUACCGCGAAAUAUGAUGGAGCAUCGAAAAGAUAUGGCCGAGGAAUAGAUGCAGAGAAAGUGCAUGCGGCCAAGGGACCGAGGAAUAAUAAUAAGCACGGCAGCAAGCAUUGGGCCAAAGAGGGCCGAAGUCAACGUCAAAAACAGCCAGGCAGAUCAAUGGAAGCCAAGAUCCAGAUCUCAAGACCACUGAGAGACAUUCUAGUGGAUAUUGUGACUAUCGAUGGUCUGUUGAAACAGAAUAUGUCGCUGCUCCUUGGAAUAGUGCUAGCUACUGCGCUGUGGCUACCAAUGGCGGUCGCCUUUUACCUCAAUGAGCGACAACGACAACGCCAAGCCAUCCCUAUAGAUAUUUCAUUUCAUCAAGGGUCGUUGUUAUGA